CCAUAGCGCAGAGUUUGAACUGCGUGUUCUGUGAUUUAAAAUUCAAAUUCGUAAAACCAAAACGCCAAACCCAUUGAAUUGAUUGUUUUGUGUUCCACUUGGGUACUUACUUAAUUUAAAUAUUAUUGUUCUAAUUAACAAAUAUACUACCGUUAAAAGCGUAGUUAGUUUCUUAAUUAUUCUUCGAUUCUAUAUAGAUUGUCAAAGUAAUCCGUGAGUUCAGUUUUGCACUUUGUUUUCAUAGGUCAAAGUCAAGAAGAUUUCUGCUGCUGUCAGAAUCGUUUCUGAGGAUUUUAACGAAAUUCGACAAACAGCUGAUAACUUAGACCUUUCACAUCACACGGUAUUCUUAUUCUAAAAGUAUGAGUAACAUUGUUGAAUUUGUUGAUCUUACAACUCCUGUAAUCUAUCUAAAAGAUGAAGUCAUAAACCUCCUCAGUGAUGAGUCCUUUGAGAUCACAGCCGUUGAAAGUCAAUCAACCGACUCAUCAUCAAAAAAGAAUAAACUUCGUCAGGCAUCUAAAAAGAAGAUAAAAGGCAGUACUUCAAAAAAAUUUACAAGUGAAAACAGAGCUAAAAAAUUUGGCGAUUGCCCUAUAUGUUGGGAUGAGUUGGGCAAAAACCCUUUGGCUUCAACUAAGUGUGGUCAUGCUUUUUGCAUUGAAUGUAUUGAGAAAUCAUUAACAGUAGAAAAAAAAUGCCCAACUUGCAGACGUGUUCUUCUUGGAAAGUCAUCAUAUCAUCCAUUAUACCUCAACCUUUGAUACUUUGAGAUUGAAUUUUAUAUUAUCCUUGAAAAGUGGGUUUAUUAUUCCCCAAUUUUGAUGAUAAUAUUAUUCUAUUUUUAUAUUUGAUUUGACAAAUUUAUAUUUUGAUGUUAAUAUUAUAUUCAUUGAUACUUUGAUGAAGUCUGACAUCAAAACUUAAAAGAAGGCUGAGGUGUUGACACCAUAUUAAAACAAUGUUAUUUAUUUGAGAUGUAAUGAUUUAAAGAUAUAUAUAUUACUAGCUUUUCCCUGCGUUUUCACUAUUUUACCUAGGUAACCUAAGGUACAAAACUUAAUGUUAUGAAAUUUAAAAUGAAGUUGUUUGAUAUUUCUCAUUAUCUAAUUUCCUUCUAAGUAAGCUAUACUCUUUUACUAUUACUUCAUUUUACGUCUGUAAGGUACCCAUACAUUUUAGAAUCCAUUGUUAACGCGGGUGAUACCGGAGAACACUCUAGUAUUUAAUUAUUAUAAAAUGUGAUUUUAUUGUACCAAAAAUGUGAUAGUUUUUUUAAAACCUCUAAAGUAUUUUUAUCGUAACAACAUAACAUUUUAAGUAACCCUAUAAUAAUGUUUAAAGCAAUAAUUAAAAAAUAUUUCUUUGUAGAUUGAAUGUGGAAGACUUAUUUAGCGAUUGAAAUGAUUUUAACUAUAAGCAUCUUCAAUGCUGUGUUGCCUGAAUGUAUAACAUAAAUUUGAUGUAGUUAUGUGAAAACUUUCCAACUACACAAAAUCCACCUGAUCAGUAUCUGUUGUACCAAACAGGUAUAAAUGUAACUACAAAGAGAUAUACUUAAAGAUUUAAGUGCUUAUGUUUGGCCUACUUGAAAUAUGCACUUGCAUUUGAAAAGAUAUAAAAUAACUUAAUUUUCUCGUAACUGCAAGAUUCACCAAAAAUAUAUGUCCAUUAGUCAAUUUUUGCGUAAUUAUUUUGCAAGUUUAACAUAUUGAGCAGUCUCGAAACCCAAUUAUUUUUUUGGAUACGAAAGUUUUCACAUUACUAUGUCGAGUAUGAAAUUGACUGUGUUUUCCAAACAACAUCUUAGAUAGUAAGGUAAGAUACAAAGUAAAAUAUUUCGCUUGACUUAUUAGAUUAAUCUCUGUAUAUAAAAAAUUAAACUGACAGUGUGUUUGCCAAAUAACACUUAUAGGAAGUGAUGGUAAGAAAUAGUACAUGCAUGGAGUUUUAAAAACUUUGUCUACUACUAUAAAUAUAUUUCAUAAGUGCAUGAUAUGAAAUCGUGAGUGUUUUUUUACCAAUAAUACCUGAAACGGAGGUGAAAUACAAAGUAGUAUAACAUAUGCAUGGACUUUACUUAAAUUUCAAAAAAUGUAUAUCUUAGUUAAGUCUUGUAACUGGUUGGAAUUACUUUUAACUGCUAAACUUGAAUAAAGUGAUUUCACUGAUCUAUCUACAUAGUCGAGAUCACUCGUGACUAUUUAUUACGAUACAUGUUAUGUUGAGUUCAUUCACUUUCUAAGGUUCCGAUUCACUCUUUUUUUUUCUAACUUGUAUGAUGUAAACAUUAAACAUUACUUUAUAGUGUAAAGUAUGAUUUAAGUUUUUUUUAAUUCUAGAUGUGUUUUUAUCAUAUUCGUAAUCAAAUCUAAAUAAACUUUACACUAAAAAGUAACUAAACUGUAAGACAACUACUAAGGUAAAAUUAAUCGCUGAAAACUGCUUAUGGGUUGUUUUGUAUUACGCAAUUAGCAUUGCGUUUCUGUAGUGUAAUUUUUCUAAAAGGUUGAUAACCGAUUGAUGUAAUAUGUUACAAACAAAAAAUGACAGCCUGGUUGUUAACUUGCUGUCAUUUUGACAGGUUGCCAAUGGUUAGAACCUGACAGAAAAUGCUUAUUUCAGUAGGUAGUUAGUUAUCCCUCUAAAUUCACCUUUCAUUUAUUUUAUAAUAUUUUCUACCUUUCUGUUAUGAAUGUUAUUAAAUUGCUUAUUACCUUAAUUAAUAAAACUGCAUUAUAUUAUGAACAAAUAUUUUAUUUUA